AGCCCCGGGGCGGGCGGAUCGGCGGAGCUGGGCUGGGCUCGGUGCGCUGCAACCGGAGCACCAUGAACCGCUUCAAGGCGUCCAAGUUCCGGCACACCGAGGCCCGGAUGCCUCGCAGGGAGGCCUGGAUUGGGGGGAUCCGAGCAGGCUCCAUCACAUCCCAUGGGAACCACGUGAAGGCCAGCUGCCGCUGGAUUGCCUUCAAUGCUGAGGCAACAGGUGUGCUGGGCAUUGUGCCACUGGAGUGUGGAGAUGGAGGCAAGAGGACUGUCUCUCAGCUCUGCUGCCACUCAGAUGUGGUGACAGACUUUGACUUCUCACCCUUUGAUCAGCUUCUGCUGGCUACAGGCUCUGCUGAUGAGAUGGUGAAGGUGUGGCGUCUGCCUGAGAGUGGCCAGGACAUGCCCUGCAGCUCGGGGCUGACCCUCGGACCGUGUGGGGGGGCAGUGGAUGUGCUGCAGUUCCACCCCACGGCAGAUGGUGUCCUCGCCAGCGGCAUGGGGAAGAGAGUCACCGUCUGGGACCUGGGACAGCAGCAGCCACUGACAGCUCUGGAUGCCCACGGGGACCAGCUGCAGAGCCUGGCCUGGAAGCGAGACGGGCACCUCCUUGGUACCUCCUGCAAGGACAAGAAACUGCGGAUCUUUGACCCCCGAGCCAGCCCAGCCGCCUCCCAGAGUGUCCUGGGACAUGAGAACAACAAGGACACCCGGCUGCUCUGGAUGGGCUCCAGCGAUUGCCUCAUCUCCGUGGGGUUCAGCCAGAUGCGGGAGCGGGAGGUGAAGCUGUGGGACACGCGACGGUUCAGCGGGGCAAUGCUCACUGUGGCGCUGGACACCUCACCUGGGGCGACCAUCCCGCUGUAUGAUGCUGACACUGGACUGCUGGUGCUGGCGGGCAAGGGAGAAAACCUCCUGUACUGCUUUGAGGUGGCACCUACGCAGCCAGCGCUCACCCAGGUGACCCAAUGUCGGAUGGAGGGCAGCACCCGGGGCCUGGCCACUGUGCCGCGCCUGGCCCUCGACGUCAUGGCCUGCGAGGUGCUGCGCGUCCUACAGCUCACUGACUCCGCCCUUGUCCCCAUCAGCUAUCUGGUGCCACGCAAGUCUGUGCAGGACUUCCAUGAGGAUCUGUUCCCUGACUGUGCCGGGACACUGCCAGCCACCAGCGCCCAGGCCUGGUGGGCAGGGGACAGUCAAGAGGUCACAAGGGUGAGCCUGCACCCUGCCCGGAGACCCACUGAGACCUUCACCUCUCCAGUCAUCAUGGACACCCAGCUGCGAGUAGCUGACACCAGCCCCACCAACACUGGUGCCAACACUGACACAGACCAGAGUGAGGCCAGUGGCUACUCCUCACCAUCCUCACUGGCAUCACCGAGCAGUGCCACCACCCCCCUCUCGGCCAGCACUGGCCCCUCCAGUGGCUUUGCCAGCAGCCCCAGCCAGAAGUCACUGCAGAACAUUUUGGGGCCCAGUUCCCGCUUCCGGCAUGCACAGGGAAGGGUGCUGCACCGCGACACCCACCUCACCAACCUGCGAGGGCUCAGCCUCACCACACCGGGCGAGUGCGAUGGCUUCUGUGCCAACCACCAGCGCGUCGCCCUGCCCCUGCUCUCUGCUGGUGGCCAGAUCGCUGUCCUCGAGCUCUCCAAGGCUGGCCGUCAACCUGAUGCAGCUGUGCCCACCAUCCAGAAUGGUGCAGCAGUGGCCGACCUUUCCUGGGACCCCUUUGACCCGCGGCGCCUCGCUGUUGCGGGUGAAGAUGCCAAGAUCCAGCUGUGGCGGAUCCCUGAGGGAGGAUUGCAGGAAACACUGCGGGAGCCUGAAGCUGUCCUCCGAGGUCACACAGAGAAGAUUUACUCCAUCCGCUUCCACCCCAUGGCCUCUGACCUCCUGGUUUCCUCCUCCUAUGACAUGACAGUGCGGAUCUGGGACCUGAGCACUGGGCAGGAAGCCUUGUGCUUGCAAGGACACACCGACCAGAUCUUCAGCCUGGCUUGGAGCCCUGAUGGGAAGAAGCUGGCAACGGUGAGCAAAGAUGCGCGAUUACGGCUCUAUGAGCCCCGGCACAGCACUGAGCCUCAGCAGGAGGGUCCAGGGCCUGAGGGGGCCCGUGGAGCACGCCUGGUUUGGGUUUGCAGCGGUGACUGUCUGCUGGUGUCCGGCUUUGAUAGUCGAAGCGAGAGGAAGAUCCUCCUGUACCAGGCACAGGCUCUGCCCGAUGGACCCUUGUCUGUCCUUGGCCUUGAUGUGGCCCCAUCCACCCUCCUGCCCUUCUAUGAUGAGGAUACCAGCGUUGUUUUCCUCACUGGCAAGGGGGACACCAGAGUCUUCCUCUAUGAGGUGACACCUGAGCCCCCCUAUUUCCUCGAGUGCAACAGCUUCACCUCCAGUGAACCCCACAAGGGCUUCAUAUUCCUGCCCAAAACGGUGUGUGAGGUGCGGGAGGUGGAGUUUGCCCGGGCACUGCGCCUUGGCCAGAGCACCCUUGAGCCAGUGGCUUUCCAUGUGCCACGUGUCAAGAAGGAGUAUUUCCAGGACGACAUCUACCCGACAACUCGAGUCUGGUGGGAGCCGGCCCUCAGCAGCAGUGCUUGGCUGGCCGGGGAGGAUGGGAAGCAGCGUCGAGCCAGCCUGCGCCCAGCAGACAUGACACCAGUGAGUGAGGCGCCAAAAGAGGCUCCGGCACGGAAGUUCGUCCCUGCAUCCGUCUAUCUGGCAGAGAAGUCUGAUGAGCAGAAGAAGGAGGAGCUCCUGAGCGCCAUGGUGGCCCGCCUGGGCAACAGGGACGACCCACUGCCCCAGGACUCCUUCGAGGGGGUGGACGAGGACGAGUGGGACUAGGCCACACUCUGGCACUCCGAGGGCCGCUCGGACCCCUGCAGGCGGCCGGGCAGAGAGGACGCAGAGAAGGAAGGAGCGCGGCGGGUCCGGUCCGGCCCGGCGGAGAGGAGACGCGGCGGGACCUGGGACGCUCCCCGGGCCGGGCAGCAACGUCAGGAGCACUGUUGCUGCGGGCAGGCCCCGCUAUUAAAAGCGCUGCACCAAC